CUUCUAACAAUGCUUACUUUUCUUUGGGAUCUCAUAGUCUCACAAAGGGUCAAAACUCCGACAUGGUGUUCGGACUUUAUCUUUGUAAAGGAGAUCUCUCGCCGGAAGCUUGCCAUGACUGCGUCAUCUUUGCUACUAAAGACACUCGGAGUCGAUGUCCUGGUGGGAAAGAGUUCUUGAUUCAGUAUGAUGAGUGCAUGCUUGGAUACUCAGACAGGAAUAUAUUCAUGGAUACUGUAACCACAACUAGUAUAAUCACUUGGAACACUCAGAAUGUUACCGCGGACCAAUCCGACCGGUUCAAUGAUGCAGUGGUUUCUCUGAUGAAAAAGUCUGCAGAGGAAGCGGCUAAUAGUACAAGCAAGAAAUUCGCGGUUGAGAAGUCGGAUUUCAGUUCGUCUCAGUCUCUUUAUGCAUCGGUUCAGUGCAUUCCUGAUCUGACAAGUGAAGAUUGCGUAAGUUGUCUUCAACAAUCCAUCAAGGAAUUAUAUUUCAAUAAAGUCGGAGGAAGAUUUCUUGUCCCGAGUUGUAACUCAAGGUACGAGGUUUACCCUUUCUACAAGGAAACCGUAGAGGGAACUGUUCUUCCUCCGACAGUUUCGGCUCCUCCACUGCCACUGGUUUUAGCUCCUCCAUUGCCGCCUGGAAAAGGCAAAAAUUCCAAAGUGAUAAUCAUAGGAAUUGUUGUGCCGGUCGCUAUAUGUGUUCUUCUUUUUGUGGCUGUUUUUAGCUUCCAUGUAAGAAAGAGAGCAAAGAAGCCUUCUGAUACAGAAGUUGCAAAUGAUGAUUCUAGAAUGCAGAGCCAGCUAGAUUGGACUACACGCUUCGGAGUCUUAGUUCUUGAGAUUAUAAGCGGGAAGAAAAACAGCAGCCUCUAUCAGAUGGAUGCUAGUUUCGGAAACUUGGUUACAUAUACUUGGAGGCUAUGGAGUGACGGGUCACCACUAGAGCUCGUGGAUUCGUCCUUUCGAGAGAGUUAUCAAAGAAACGAAAUAAUUAGAUGCAUCCACAUUGCCUUAUUAUGUGUCCAAGAAGAUACUGAAAAUCGUCCAACCAUGUCAGCGAUCGUACAAAUGCUUACUACUAGCUCGAUCGCCCUAGAUGUACCUCAACCACCUGGAUUUUUCUUCCGGAGUAAGCAUGAAGAAGCAGGUCCAUCGAUGGAUAAGUCUUCUCUCUGUUGUUCUAUUGAUGCUGCAUCGAUUACUAUUGUAGCUCCUCGUUAAAGACAAACUCGUUUCAUAAACCAUAAAUAAUUGUAAAUUCAAGAUUUAGAUUUUUGUGUUCAUUUUCUAAUCUAGGAAAAUGUUACUAGAUUUGAGGUCAGUGUUUUGAAUGGUUUGCAUAUAAAUGUACAAAUAAUUU